AUGUCUUAUCCAUUUGAGUUGACAUCUCAACUGGUCCCUAUUAAUGAACAACAAAAGACAACUCUUUGGAUGGGUGAGUUGGAACAAUGGCAAGACGAAGCUUAUAUUCAACAGUUGUGGUUCAAUCUCAAUGAAAAAGUCAUGGUCAAAGUCAUUAGAGACAAAAAUACUGGUAUAAGUGCAGGGUAUGCUUUUGUUGAUUUUGGUACUGCAGCAGCCGCAAGACAUGCAAUGAAUACUUAUAACGGUGUAUUAAUGCCUAAUUCACUUAAACCUUUUAAGCUUAAUUGGGCUUCUGGCGGUGGCUUAAUUGAUAGAAGAGAGGAUAGACAACCUGAAUAUUCUGUAUUUGUUGGUGACUUGAGUUCUGAAAUCACAGAAAUUGACCUUUUGACUGUAUUCCAGUCUCGUUAUCGUUCUUGUAAAUCAGCCAAGAUUAUGACAGAUUCGAGAACAGGUAUGACGCGUGGUUAUGGAUUUGUUCGUUUCUCGGAUCAGUUAGAUCAACAAAGAGCCUUGAUUGAAAUGCAAGGAUUUUUUAUCGGUUCUCGUCCUAUUCGUGUAUCAGUUGCAACACCUAAAAAUCGUAAUAAAACUUGUACCAUGUCACCUACCCCAUCUUUAACCUCACCUAAUAAAUCACCCUUGACUUCCCCUUUAUUACAACCUCCUGAUACAAAUACAACCGUCUUUGUUGGAGGAUUAUCGGCCCCUAUUCGAGAAGAUGAAUUACGUCAAUACUUUCAUCAUUUUGGAGAGAUUGUCUAUGUAAAGAUUCCACCUGGAAAAGGAUGUGGAUUUGUACAGUAUGUUAGCCGAGCCUCAGCAGAAUUGGCUAUUCAACAAAUGAAUGGAUAUCAAAUCGGUAAUUCACGUAUACGUUUAUCCUGGGGUAGAUCUCAAAAUGAGAAAGCGAAUAUCAUCGUUCGACCCACUCCUACCACUACACCUAGUAUGCUUUAUAAUACUAUCAUGUAUCCACCCAUGAUGCAACAGUCAUCCUCUAUUCCUAAUACGUCGACCCUUAUCACUCCUACUCAUACUACCACUACCACCACUACUACUACUACUGCUAAUAUUGGUUAUAAUAAUACGAAUUUAUUUUCUUAUGGUCAAAUAUAUCCAUCUUCCGAUCAUCAUUUUAACAAUUUUCUUACUGCAAAGACUGACUGUUUACUUGAUUCGACUGCAGAAGAGUUAUUUAAUUCAGUAACAAGAACCUUAUUGGAUACUGAUGAAGAUAGGAAGCCCAAUGUUAAUUGGAGAUUAAAUCAAAUCUAUGCUCAAUAA